UGGCACGACUGGGCACCGGGUCACCGGCACUUUAGCGGACCCAUCGCCUCCACUUUUGACUGUUUCUCUUUUAUUGCAGACUUGCAUCGCUCUACCUCCUUUGGUCCCUCUCUGCCACCUCCCCCUCUGCCUGUAGAGUGUCCGGCCGCCCCGCAGCCCUCUCCCGGAGCUGCGCCCCGGUGGCCCUGCUUGGGCAGCGGAGGUGCCCCCGCGCCCCUAUCGCGCCCAGCCCCUGUCCUCGCUCCAAGCUUGAAGAUGCUCUACUUUAAGCUGCUGCUGCUGGCCGUGGCUCUGGGUUUCUUUGAGGGAGAUGCUAAGUUUGGGGAAAGAAUUGAAGGCAGCGGAGCGAGGAGGAGAAAGUGCCUGAACGGGAGCCCCCCAAAGCGCCUGAAAAGGAGAGACAGGCGCGUGAUGUCCCAGCUGGAGCUGCCGAGUGGAGGAGAGGUCCUGUGUGGAGGCUUCUACCCCCGGGUGUCCUGCUGUCGGCAGAGUGACAGCCCUGGGCUGGGACGUCUGGAGAACAAGAUCUUUUCUGCUACGAACAACACAGAGUGCGGGAAGCUGCUAGAAGAAAUCAAAUGCGCACCUUGCUCCCCACACUCCCAGAGCUUGUUCAAUUCACCUGAGAGAGAAGUCUUGGACAGAGAUCUCGUCCUCCCCCUGCUCUGCCAAGAUUAUUGCAAAGAAUUCUUCUACACUUGCCGGGGCCAUAUACCAGGUUUUCUUCAAACAACUGCUGAUGAGUUUUGCUUUUACUAUGCAAGAAAAGAUGGUGGACUGUGCUUCCCAGAUUUUCCAAGAAAACAAGUCAGAGGUCCAGCGUCCAACUACUUGGACCAGAUGGAAGAAUAUGACAAAGUUGAAGAGAUCAGCAGAAAGCACAAACACAACUGCUUCUGUGUCCAGGAGGUGGUGAGCGGGCUGCGGCAGCCGGUCGGGGCUGUGCAUAGUGGAGAUGGCUCGCGCCGGCUCUUCAUCCUGGAGAAGGAGGGAUACGUGAAGAUCCUUACCCCAGAGGGGGAAAUUUUCAAGGAGCCUUAUUUGGACAUUCACAAACUUGUUCAAAGUGGAAUAAAGGGAGGAGAUGAAAGGGGGCUACUAAGCCUUGCAUUCCAUCCCAAUUACAAGAAAAAUGGAAAGCUAUAUGUGUCUUAUACCACUAACCAAGAGCGGUGGGCUAUCGGGCCUCAUGACCACAUUCUUAGGGUUGUGGAAUACACAGUAUCCAGAAAAAAUCCCCAUCAAGUGGAUUUGAGGACAGCCAGAGUGUUUCUGGAAGUCGCUGAACUGCACCGAAAGCAUCUCGGAGGACAGUUGCUUUUUGGUCCUGAUGGGUUUCUGUACAUCAUCCUCGGAGAUGGAAUGAUCACUCUGGAUGAUAUGGAGGAGAUGGACGGACUAAGUGACUUCACAGGCUCAGUGCUUCGGCUGGGUGUGGACACAGACAUGUGCAGUGCGCCUUAUUCCAUCCCACGGAGCAACCCUCAUUUCAACAGUACCAACCAGCCUCCAGAAGUGUUCGCACACGGACUUCAUGACCCAGGCAGAUGUGCUGUGGAUCGACAUCCCACUGAUAUCAACAUCAAUUUAACAAUACUGUGUUCAGAUUCCAAUGGAAAAAACAGAUCAUCAGCCAGAAUCCUGCAGAUAAUAAAGGGGAAAGAUUAUGAAAGUGAGCCAUCACUUUUAGAAUUCAAGCCAUUCAGUAACGGUCCUUUGGUUGGUGGAUUUGUUUACCGAGGCUGUCAGUCUGAAAGACUGUAUGGAAGCUACGUGUUUGGAGAUCGCAAUGGGAAUUUCUUAACUCUCCAACAAAGCCCUGUGACCAAGCAAUGGCAAGAGAAGCCACUCUGUCUUGGCACAACUGGCUCCUGUCGAGGCUACUUUUCAGGUCACAUCCUGGGAUUUGGAGAAGAUGAAUCAGGCGAAGUCUACAUUCUAUCAAGCAGUAAGAGUAUGGCGCAGACUCACAGUGGAAAACUCUACAAGAUCAUAGACCCAAAAAGACCUUUGAUGCCUGAGGAAUGCAAAACCACAGUCCAACCUGCCCAGCCCCUGACCUCCGAGUGCUCCCGGCUCUGUCGGAAUGGCUACUCCACCCCCACUGGAAAGUGCUGCUGCAGCCCAGGCUGGGAAGGGGACUUCUGCAGAAUCGCAAAGUGUGAGCCAGCGUGUCGUCACGGAGGUGUCUGCAUCCGACCGAACAAGUGCCUCUGUAAAAAAGGCUACCUGGGUCCUCAGUGCGAACAAGUGGACAGGAACAUCCGCAGAGUGGCCAGGACAGGUAUUCUUGACCAGAUCAUUGACAUGACAUCUUAUUUGCUGGACCUAACAAGUUACAUUGUAUAGUUCUCCGGGACUGUCUGACUAUUCCUUUCCAAUGGGCAUUUAUUUUUAAUCCCGUCAUUAAAAAGAAAGACUCCUAUCCUGCUAUACACUCCUGUGAUCUCAUUUUCUUUUAUUAAUUUAAAAAAAAAAGUUUCCAGAAAUGUGCAGAUCCUCUGUGUGUAUGUUGGCACCUUUGUUCACAUACGCGCAUACACGCCCACACUCACAGCCCCUAUACGCAUGGUUGCAUAACAGAUGUGGUUUUUUUUAAUAUAUGCUUCCUUGUGUGGAAUAAUUUACACCGAAGUUCCACUGUCAAUUGAUAGCAGAAUUUCUAUGUCAUCAGAAGACACUGUUUGACUCUCCAUGAAUUUUCUAUCUGUAAUGACUAAAGUCAACUUGAAUGGAGUUUGGAAACGUUAACUGUGCAAUCUGAUGGAUUGAAUAAAAAAGGAAAUAUUUUUAUAUUAAAGGUCUAUAAUAUGAGAGCAUGUUUCAGAACUCCUUGAUGAAUUUCUAAAUGAGCAACUUGAUAUGAAAUUGUGAUCUUCAUUUCGUACCAAUGUAUCCGAUUACAGAACAUUACAGGCUUACCUGUUUAUCUGGAGAGCAGUCUGGUUUCUUCAGCUUAAUCUCAAGAUUGUUUGCAAAUGUUUUAUAAUUAAAUCAUAACAACCUAUUUGAAAAA